AUGGAUCAGCUAGAACCUGUCCCUUCGCCCGUCCAAGGUGUUGGGCCUAUAUAUAGGCCAGAGGCUGAGAAACCUGCUGCGACUGUGUCAAAAGCUGUCUCAUAUGAUAAUGUUCACGUCCUCCCUCAAACUCCUCAGUUGAUUGCACUCUUAACAAUGAUAAGGGAUAAAAAGACGACUCGCGCCGACUUUAUCUUUUAUUCAAACCGCAUAAUACGUUUGCUAGUAGAAGAGGGUUUAAACCAUCUUCCAGUCAUAGAACAUCCAGUCACGACGCCUGUUGGCAGGACAUACCUAGGCGUGAAAUUCCAAGGAAAGAUAUGUGGUGUUUCUAUAAUGAGGGCAGGUGAAGCUAUGGAACAAGGCUUAAGGGACUGUUGCCGCUCAGUUCGCAUUGGGAAAAUAUUGAUACAAAGAGAUGAAGAAACUUGCAAGCCUAAGCUUUUCUAUGAGAAGCUCCCUAGUGACAUUGCUCAGAGAUGGGUUCUACUCCUGGACCCGAUGUUUGCGACUGGAGGCUCGGCCACGCUUGCCGUCGAGGUGUUGAAAGCAAAAGGCGUUCCUGAAGAGCAUAUACUUUUCUUAAAUCUGAUAGCCAGCCCCUCUGGAGUUGCAGAUUUUGCAGAGCGUUUCCCGAGCCUCAGGGUUGUUUCUGCAUUCAUCGAUCAAGGCCUCGAUGAAAAAAAGUACAUAAUUCCUGGCCUGGGUGAUUUUGGCGACAGAUAUUAUACAUUAUAG